AUUACAUCUCUGGGUCUCUGAGUCUCCGCCCUUCCAUAAACGACACCGUUUGGAAUGGCUAGUUCAUCGUCGUCUCCUCCACAAAGCUCUCAUCAGUUCUUGACCUCUGUCCUCUCCCAACGAGGUCCUUCGGCCUUGCCCUACGCCGAGGACGUCAAAUGGAUGAUCCGCCAGCAUUUUCUUUCCCUCGCCGAUGCCUUCCCGGCGCUGCAUCCACAGACUGCCGCCUACACCCACAACGACGGCCGCACAGUCAAUCUCCUCCGAGUUGAAGGCAACAUCCCAAUGGUAUACCUUCAGGUCACAUACUACAUCCCCAUCGUCGUCUGGCUCAUGGAGGCUUACCCUCGCCAACCCCCCUGCGUCUACGUCAAUCCCACGCGCCAAAUGGUCAUCAAACGCCCUCACCCCCACGUCAACCCCUCCGGCCUCGUCUCCCUCCCUUAUCUCCAAAACUGGAUCUACCCCACCUCCAAUUUGGCCGAUCUUGCCCGGAAUUUGAGUCUCGUGUUCGGCCGUGAUCCGCCGCUUUACUCUCAGCAGCCUCGCCCAAACCUAAACCCUAAUUCUAUCCCUCCCAGAGCGUUUCGGCCAUCAUCUCCGCACCGGCCGGCGGCGGAUCGCACUCAAGUUCACCGCAACGCGGUUAAUAGACUGGCCGAUAGAUUACAUGGUGAUUGUGAGGUGUUAAGGAAGACAAGAGAGGCGGAAAUGGAGGAAUUAUUUAAUGCUCAAGCGGUGUUGAGGCAGAGAAAGGAGCAGAUUUCGAAGGGGUUGAGGGAAAUGCAAGACGAGAAGGAAGGCUUGGAGCUGCAACUGCAAAUGAUUUUGAUAAAUUCAGACAUCAUGGAGGCGUGGUUGAGGGAGAAUCAGGGGAAGAGGGUCAUAGACGUGGAGAAUGCAUUCGAGUAUUCCGAUUUUGUUUCAAGUCAGAUGCUGGAGUGUAGUUCUUCAGAUUUAGCUAUAGAUGAUGUGAUAUAUGCCCUGGAUAAGGCCCUUCAAGAGGGGUCAAUCCCCUUCGAUCAGUACCUGAAGAAUGUGAGGAUGUUAUCACGGGAGCAGUUUCUCCAUCGAGCCAUGUCUGCGAAAGCGAGGGCUACACAGCUGCAGGCUCAUGUCUCUAGUAUGGCUCAGAGGGCAUCAUCAUAAUACGUUAUAUGAAAACCCAUGCUUGUAAAUUUCACCACAUUUUCAUAUGAUUUGAGAAUGUUAUGGCCUUAUGGGAUGGCUCAAGAAGUGGCGGCGGACCGUGGGAGAAGGCUUUUGAGAAUGUUGGAAGAGAUGGGCUGGGGCUUCUGUAGGAACGCCUUUGAGGAAUGGUGAGGUUUAUAUGGUUUCCUAAACUGAGGUGGGGCACACUUUGAGGUGGAGUCGCAGUGGCAGGGGGUGGGGGGUGUCCCACGUAAGAUGUAGGAAGAUUGGGGGAACCACUGGGCCAGACAGUGUGCCAAGUCAAUGCCUAGUUUGCACUGACGGUGCUUAUGUGUCUCAGCAAUGGUGGACUUUAGAUAAUUUAAGCACUUUUUUAACAAAAUAUUUGCAGAAAGGGAUGAUUAUGCUAAUAAUUUGGAAUCUAGCUUUGUGGUACAGAGACUCCCUCGCUUUUUUUAACAAAAAUAUUCUAUAGAAGAUGAUGGUUUGAAAACCAUUGAGAAAUAAUGAUAAUAAAUUAAUAAUAAAGCAGCCUAUUAGGGUUGGAAGUGACUAGGAGUGCUCAACGCCCGGUUCCACUGCGAAUCUCGAUCUUUCUCUCCACAUCUCACCGGCGGCGAUCUCUCAUAACAUGAGAUCUGUGUUGUCUCUAUUUUGUUUGGUAUAAAGUUUAAAUCUUCGAGAGGGGUAGUUUCUGUUGUGGAGAAAGAAGACCAGCUGUAGGUAAGUAAAAGGCUACUCUGUUUGUGCAGUUCCCUAGUGGACUAUAAGCACUCCUCCACCGAGCUAUUUUUGCUGCAAGGACAUAAUCACUGUCUCACCAAAUUGUGAUUGCAGGCUUCGAGCCAUUGCGCACAGAAAUAUAGUGUAGGAAUCAAAUGAUUCGAGGUUAGUUUAUUGUGAAGAUAUGUGGAUAUUAUUCUUUUCCCUCCACUUUGCCAUGGAAUUUAGAUCAUUGAUUUGUGUUGAGAAAAUAAAAGAAUCUUUGAUGUCAAAAAACAUGUUAUGAUCUAUUUUAAUUUAUGCUUUUGGAUUCGAAAUGUUUUCAUGUCUACAUAUAUUUCCAUUUGCUUGUCCAACGGCAAACUUUUGUCAUCAUCAAAUAAUUCACAAGUCGUUUUUUGGAUUUGUUCUGUAAUUUAGAUUGCGUUUGGAUGUUUGGUUUGGGACAUUUUGAUAUAUGGAUUUGCAGUUAAAUUUUUAUUUUUGGUGGUUAA